AUGUCUCUGCAAGUGCACCAGCUUUCGUACAGCCCUCUGACGGCACACGCAUUCAAUGCGGACCGCAGCAAGGUGGCUGUGUCGCCGAACACGAAUGAAAUUUACAUCUACGCCCAGACCCCGUCGGGAUGGGUGCUCGAGCACACCCUCGCCGAACACGAUAAACUGGUGACGGGCCUCGACUGGGCGCCAAAGACGAACCGGAUCGUGAGCUGCUCGCAGGACCGCAAUGCGUAUGUAUGGUCGCUGGGCGACGGCGGCGUGUGGAAGCCCACGCUCGUCCUCCUGCGCCUCACGCGCAGCGCCACGUUUGUGCGCUGGAGCCCGAACGAGGACAAGUUUGCGGUGGCCUCGAGCGCACGCACGAUCUCCGUGUGCUCGUUCGAGGAGGACAACGACUGGUGGGUGGCCAAGCACAUCAAGCGGCCGCUGCGCUCGACCGUCUCGUCGCUCGACUGGCACCCGAACAAUGUCCUGCUCGCCGCGGGCUGUGCCGACUUCCAUGCGCGCGUCUUUAGUGCGUACAUCAAGGGCGUAGACGCCAAGCCGCCGCCGAGCGUGUGGGGCGAGCGCCUGCCGUUUGGUACGGUCUGUGGCGAGUUUGCUACGCCGUCGAGCGGAUGGGUGCACGGCGUCGCAUUCAGCCCCAGCGGCGACGUGCUCGCGUUUGUCGGCCACGAUGCGUCGCUCACGAUCGCGUACCCCUCUGCACCGGAGCACCCCCCGCAUGCGGUGCACGUCGUGCGCCUGCCGAGCCUGCCAUACGUCACACUGCUCUUCCUCAACGAGAAUGCGCUCGUGGCCGCGGGGCAGGACUGCCAGCCGAUCGUUUUUGAGGGCGACUGGCAGAACGGCUGGUCGCUUAAGCGCUCGCUCGAUACGCUCGGCGCGGCGGCGAGCAAGCCCAAGCCGCCGCCGCCGCCGCCCAAGGCCGCCGGCCUCUCGUCGGGCGGCACGAGCAGCGUCGGCCGCCUGAACAACGAGGCCUUUGCGCGCUUCCGCGCGGCCGACUCGCGCGGCACAGCGGCGCCCCCGCCGCCGAGUGGCGACGUGAUUUCACCGCAAGCGCUCGGUGCGGUGGCCGGCGCGAGCAUCGCCGACGACGGCGAGCUGCACACGACGCACCAAAACACCAUCACGAGCGUGCGCAUCUACAGCGGCACGCCCGACCAGGUCCAGUCGGUGAGCACGAGCGGCGUCGACGGUCGCCUGUGUGUCUUUGAUGCAAACAAGGGCUCGACGGCCCUGCCGCCGAUUCUGCGCGGCGUGUCGAGCUCGCAAGUAUAG